UUUGUCUAUCACUAAGAUUUCUGACAUCAUGGUGAUUUCGAGUAAUGUUAAUUUGAGUUCACGACUAUAAAAAAACAUUUAUGUGUCAAGAGUGGUUUAAGAUUCCUUUCUCUUUGUAACACAUAUAUUUUAAAAGCUUCGUAAUUGGGGACCGUGCAACCAUCAUCAAUUAUUAUUAAAAGGUAGUUUUUAUAUAUAUGAGCAAAAACAACCUUCCUUCAGUAUGGAAGUUCAAACAGUGAAGGUGAACAGCCUUCAUUGCACUGCCACGGAGCUUUCCUCUCUCAAAGCGUCUGCUUCUGCGCCCGUCUCGCCAAAGGUGACAUUGAAGAAGAACAUUUCCAACAAUGAUGUCUCAGAGGCUACUCUCAUUGAACAUCUUAACAAUGACCAAAACACGCAAGAGGACUUUGAUAGCCACAAUAGAGACUGCCACAGUCUCGCUAGUUCUACCUAUGAGCUGGAAAAGGAGUAUAAUGAAAAACUGCAAAAUUUGCACGGAUCUUUAAUAGGAAAUGUAAGAGUUGAAAAAUCAAAUGGGUCGUUAAAUGGGGACUCCUCAAGCACAUCAGCCACGCCCGGAAACAAAACAAUCGAGGGUGGAGUUAUGAUGAGCUCUGCUAGUGCAAUGGCAUCCUUGACAAUUGUUCCAGCCGUCCAAGUCAAGAAGCGUAUCUCGAACGGCCGAACUCCGACACGCAAAGCGCACCGUAUUAAAUUUUACCGUAACGGGGAUCGUUUCUAUCCCGGCAUAACAAUUCCCGUCUCCAAUGAACGGUACCGAUCCUUCGACAGUCUUUUUGAAGACUUAACCCGGUUGCUGGAGGAGAGUGUAAAAAUACCAGGGGCUGUUCGUACGAUAUACAACAUGAGCGGGAAAAAGAUUAACAAUCUCGACGAGUUGGCAGACGGUCAGAGCUACGUGUGUUCCUGCAAUAACGAGCAAUUUAAAAAGGUUGAAUAUAACACUACCUCUCAGCCGUUAGUUAAUUUGACGUUGGCAAACAACAGCCGGUCGAAUAAUCCUCGAGUGGCUAAAAGUUAUAGACCUGCCUCACCCUUAAAAAACGGGUCACUAGCUAGUAGCAAUGUACCAAUUACAGUAUGUGCGGACAACAGGAUUUUGUCGAACACGUCCCGUUUUGUCGAACGUGAUACUGUGGUUCAUCCUCGUAUAGUGACACUGAUACGUAAUGGAACUAAACCCCGCCACAUUAUGCGUUUGUUGUUGAACAAGCGUAACAGUCCAAGCUUCGAACACGUACUAACCGCCAUUACGCAUGUGGUUCGUCUAGAUACGGGAUAUGUGAGAAAGAUAUUUACCCUUUCAGGUAUAUCGGUAGUUCAACUUGCUGAUUUUUUCGGACCAGAAGAUAUUUUCUUCGCAUAUGGUACUGAGCGAAUCAACGCUGCGGAGGAUUUUAAGUUAGAUGCGGAUGAGCAACGUGCUAUUAAUGUCAUACGUAAGACUCUGAAAACGGCUGGGACCACCUGCAAAGGACCCAAGCCUAAGAUGCCUAUCAAGAGCAAAAAGGCUUAUCUUCCGUUGGUGGAUUCGGAGGAAUUAAAUGCCGCUCCCGCACACAAUGACCAUAGAGAGGCGGCGUUACUUAAAAGCCCCAUCUUAGAGCUUGAUGAUUUGCCUGCAGAUAUUCGGGACAGUUACAUUUUGGGACCAAUUAUCGGCGACGGGAACUUUGCCAUUGUGUUGAAGAUCAUUCACCGUCAAACGGGACAUACCUAUGCCUUGAAAAUAAUAGAUAAAAACAAAUGUAAGGGUAAGGAGCACUACAUAGAUGCUGAAGUUCGAGUCAUGAAAAAGUUGGAUCAUCCGAAUAUAAUUUCACUUAUAAUGAAUGUGGACAAACAUACCAAUAUGUAUCUGGUACUGGAGUAUGUAAGUGGUGGCGAUUUGUUCGAUGCAAUAACUCACGUUACUCGUUUCUCCGAAAGUCAAACACGGAUUAUGAUAAGGCAUUUGGCGUCAGCCAUGUCUUAUCUGCAUUCUAUGCGCAUUGUGCACAGAGAUAUCAAGCCUGAAAACCUACUGGUCGAGCUAGAUGAACAUGGAAACGUCCGUGAACUAAAGCUAGCCGAUUUUGGAUUAGCAUGUGAGGUAAAUGAACUUCUUUUUGCCGUUUGUGGAACACCCACUUAUGUCGCGCCAGAGAUAUUGUUAGAAGUCGGAUAUGGUUUAAAGAUUGACGUUUGGGCCGCUGGCAUCAUUUUGUACAUACUACUGUGUGGGUUCCCGCCGUUUGUGGCGCCCGAUAAUCAACAGGAACCUCUAUUUGACGCUAUUAUAACGGGCAUUUACGAGUUUCCAGAUCCAUACUGGACCGAUGUAGGUGACGGCGUACGUGAUUUGAUCGCCAAUAUGCUGCAGUCGGAUCCGAACGUUCGUUUCACAAGCGAAGACAUCCUUGAUCACUAUUGGACGAUGGAAAAUGAUAAAAACGAAUGUAGAAAUUCUAGUAGAUAAAUUAUGACCGUGUAGAACAUUUAUAUAAGCUACUCUUCCACUCCAUAGUAUUUGUGCAGGAUAAAUUUUUGUAUUAUGUAUCUUAAAAAGCUUUUAUUUAAUAAGACUUAAUUUAUUUAUACUUUUAAUCGCAAACGGUAUUCGGAAAUAUUCUUGUAACGAUAUAUACAAAUUAAACCCGACCAUUCAUAGUUCUGAUGAAAAACGCACAAAAA